UGAGUAGAGACCGCGGAUCUGUUUAUGACAGUUGUUCGUGACACAAGCAGACACGGCGCAACAGGAAUCAUUGAAACCAACUGAAACAACUAUUUGAGUUGAUUCAUAUGAUAAAUAUCGCUCAGAAAUUGGUAAAUAAGAACGUCGUGAACGUUGUAAAAUUUGAACGAUCGCGUAAAUGGAGGAUACACCGCGAAAGAAGACUCGGGGAAAUGGCACUAACGAGCCGGACACCGCGGACAGUGAAAAAGUUUGCGACAAACCCCCAAACGGACCCUUAACCUACGACAUUUUAAGAAUUGUAUUUAAAGAGUUGAAUGGAAUGGAAUUAUGCAGGGCCUCAUUGGUUUGCAGAUCCUGGUUAGAAGCAGCAAAUGACGAAAGGCGAACCAGGGGUCCAACCUAUUUCAUACAGAAUUGCAAAGAACUUUUAGCCAAUGAAAAAUUGAGUAUGGAACGUAUUAAAAUGCAAAGUAUUAAAAAAUUACAGAUAAAACCUGCUUUAGGAUUAUUUUUUACAGCACCGUCAAUACCAUUCAGUGAACCAGAUUGUCACUGUAAGGUUCUUCCUCCAAAUUGUGAUACUGUAACAUUAGGGACACAUGGAGUUGUCUUUAAUAAUAGGGAGAUUGAGGGAAAUGUGGAAAAUAUUGUAUGUGCAUUUCUACCUGAAGUACCAGAUGUAACAAUUAAAACAUUUGUAAUUGGAGACAAUUCAGCAACAAAGAAUGAUGUAUCAAUGUCUGUGGAGAACUACAGUGAAGAAAUUAAAAAAGUUCUUAGGACAUCAGAAAAGAGUCCUAAUAGAUCUAAAUGUUUAUUACUGUUCUGUGAUCUGAGAGGUCGUAAUUUAGCAGUAAAACUUUCAAAUUCUUUGAGAAAAAGUUACACAACAGAUGAACUUUCAGUAUGGGGAGGAAUAGCUAAAGAUUUAUUAGUUUGUAAUGCAAAAGAUAGUAAGAACGACAGAUGCGGAGAAUUUGCAUUCUGCGUUGGUAUAACUUUGACUGGAGCAUUAGAUACUUGGUCUAUAAUCGUUGGUAGAAGUUACAUGACUAAAGAUCGCGUGGAACAACGGAUGAAAUCGUUCAGAAAUCGUGUUCGUUUAAAAAAGCACUCCAUAGGAUUUAUGUUCGCGUGCUUUGCUCGCGGGGAAUAUAUGUUCGAUGAGUGCAAUGUAGAGUCAACCAUUUUCAAAAAAUAUUUUCCGGAAAUACCGUUAGUAGGCUGUUUCGGUGAUGGAGAAUUUGGAAAGAAUUCUUUACCAAACGAAUCUAACAAAAAGGCAAAGUGGUAUAAUGUGACAUCUACCAUUUUUUUAAUAAUUACUUAUGGUUAAGUUUCACAUGUGAUGUGAUUUGCUGUCUACUAUUACAUUUGUACAGGGGACAUUAGAAUAAAAUUAUGAAAUCGGAACGUACACAGUGUACGUUAGAUCGUUAGAAAAAAUAAGUCAGCAAUCUCGACGUGUAUCAGUAAAAAGUGUGUUGUAUGACAAUGUGUGAUAAUAUAUUCUAUGUUCAUAUAAAUUCGCUUUUUUAUGCUGCCCCUCUUGAUCUGUCAAACCGUUUAGUUAAAAUGAAAAUAAGAUUAUCAGUGCAGAAAACGACAGUUCCCUUUAAAUAAAGUGUACAUGUUACUAUUUACUUUCGCGCGAUACGAAAA